UCUUAAUGAAACAUUGGAAUAUGUGUCAAUUUUCUGCAUGGCCUGGAUUUAUCUAUUUAUUUCUACAAGAAUAAUUAGGGUUGGGUGUAGUAUUUGAUUCUAAAUUAUCCUGUCUUCCGCAGGUGGAGAGCAUGAUAUCUAGAGCUUCAGCUGGAAAAAAUAUUAUGAAGUGUUUACCGAGGACGUGGUGUGGAAUGCUUCCAUAUACCACUAUUGCUUUCGAUAAAACUUUUGUAAGAUCUAAACUGGAUUAUGGAUCUAUCAUUUGCAUUCAAUUAUUGGUAAACUAGAUAAAGUUCAAUAUCAGGCACUUAAAAUUGCUCCUGGUUUGACCGAAGUGUGGAGCACUAGUUUGAAUGAUAGAAGGUCGUAUCUGCCGUGUAAACUUCUUUUUAGGUGGUGUAGUGGCAGGAAUAACCCUUUGUAAAAGGCUGUCAAGGAACUAUAUGUAUGUAUGCUUUGAAACCUUAAUUAUUUUGGCAAUAACUAUAUGCCUCCAUUGAUUGAGAGUUUUGAUCUGAUGUCGCCUUAUCUCUAUCAAUUUUUUCCUGUGCAUUGUAUAGGUUCGGGUUUUUCUAAGGCUUGUCCUAAUGAAAAGGUAUUUCGAGAGAUGUGUGAACUCGGAUGGUCCUCAGAUUAUGCAUUUGUCAGGGAAUGGUGGGGAUAGGUGCUUUCAUCUCACAUCUUAAUAUUAAGAAUGCCCUCUAGAGCCUGAAAUCCACUGAGUUCAAUGCUAAAGUGAAUGGUAUUUUCUUAAAAUUAAAAAAAUGUUUAAAAUGAUGAAAUUGUGGAUGGAGCGGCCAGUCAAGACAUGGUUUCAUUGGAAUUAAAACCCCACUUUACCAUAUUCUUUGUAGUAAAAAAAUAAUCUGUGGAUUACUUGGUCUACAAGAUGAAGACGCAUUGGGUCUUACACAAAAAUCCUCGACUGUAGUUGAUAAUGGGCGAAUGUCCUUAGCUAAAAUGGCAACGUUACGUAAAAGCAACGACAAGGAAGAAGACAUUCUAUUGUGGUCGGAGGGGUUAGUUCUGCGUUGCCUUAGGAAUUUAACGUAAUUUUCAAAUGGCGGACGAAGAAUACGACGAUAACGAUGCCGGCGAUGAUUUUGACGACGAUGUAGACGAUGACAAUAUCGAGGAGCUCGAACAGCCUGAUGAGGAAGGCGACAACAUCGACAUCGUCCAGCCAGGCCAAGCAGGUGGCGGCGUACCCAAAGACAAACGUAUCACAACGAAGUAUAUGACAAAAUACGAAAGGGCGAGAGUAUUGGGCACCCGGGCGCUUCAGAUUGCCAUGUGCGCCCCGGUAAUGGUCGAAUUGGAUGGGGAAACAGAUCCGCUGCAGAUCGCCAUGAAGGAACUGAAGCAACGCAAAAUCCCCAUCAUAAUUAGGAGGUACCUGCCCGAUCACUCUUACGAAGAUUGGGGCAUUGACGAGCUCAUUAUUAUAGACCAUUGAAAGGGAAUCAAUUUCUAUUAAAUUUUUUCAUAAAGUUUUCUUUUUGUAAAUGGCUUAUAACCAUUUUUUUUUUCGCCAGUAUUGGUUAGUUUCCUAAAUACAUGUCGAUAAUU